AUGUCGUUUAUACUCAAACGAGAGGGGAGUUUUGACGAGGACGAUCAUCCUUCCAAGUUUAAGAAAGUCACGGAUUCUUUUUUGGGAUUUUUGAAGAAGAAGAUUGGAAACCGAUCUCAAGAUGAAUAUGUUCAAGAUUCGUUCCAGCAGGACUCAUUACUAGAGCAGCAAACAGAUAUAUUACACCCCGAUACUAGUAGUUUGCAAGAGGUAGACAGUGUGGCUGAUCAGUCCACUCGCCCUUCAAAUGUAUUCUCCAGUUAUUACGAUUUAUUGAAGAGACAGAAGGAACAAUCGGAACACACACAUUUACAUAAGCCUCUAUCUCCAGCCCAGCCAAAGCGGAUGAACACACGUUCUUCGUCUCAGCAGGGUGAGGAAGACGUGAGUUUACUUUCUAAGAGGCAAAGAAACACAUCUUCACUGGACUUGGUGCCACCAUCCAAGAAACUAAAAUCUGUGGAUAGCGUCAGAACUUCGCUAGUCGACAUAAACCCGAUGGAAAGGGCUUUGCUAAUCAACCUGAAAGAGAGAAUGGAAAUGGAUAAAUAUUUUAAGUCUAGGGUCAAGUACAUGGGAUUUCAUAAUCGUCACGUAAGGAAUAGUGGCGGAACAAGGUCUUUCCAGAAUACCCGUUCACCGCUGUUUUUGAAAUCAGUUGCUACACAAAAUCUUAGAAAUACAAUAUCUCAAGAUAGAAAAAAACAUGGAGGCUACUUCAGUGGUGAAUUUGAGUACGACCUGGAUGACUCCACUAAUAAUUAUCCAGAAAAUCAAAACUUGUUACAGUAUAAGCCUGCAGUUAGUUCACUGAAGUUUUCAGACAAACCUCAAGAUAAAUACCACCCCAAACCUGCAAAUGAAGCGGAUGUUGAACGGAUUAUCAAUGGAAGAGUAACUGAACCAGUUUUUAAACAAAAUAAAUCGAACCUAGUUGACAACGAAAAGGACUCUAUUGGACCCUCUAUAGGAUUUAAGUUUGGGGAUAAUUCUUCACAAUCCGAGAAUGAACCAAAUGCAACAGCUCUUGAGAAUUCCAGUCAGCCCUUGGUGUCGAAUAAUAAGGCAGCGGAUUCAAAGCCUAAAGUUUCAUUUGGCAAUGUUCAGGAAAAGAAAGAUUCCGACUCUUCGCAGAAAGUAUCUUCCAAGAUUGACUUUUCCUUCUCUUCUAAGAAGGAAAUUUCAAACCCCUCCUCCUUCACGACUUCAUCUGCAUCUGUGAAUGGCACGAAUGCCCCAACUGAGGUACAUGCCAAACCAUCUUUUUCAUUUACGGCACCUACAACAGCAAAACCAGCAUUCUCGUUCGGAGCGCCAAAAAUCGAUGAAAUCAAGCAGGACGAUGGAAGUCAAAAAGUAUCUUCCGCGGCAAGCGCUGGUGACAUAAAGUCGGCAACAAUUCCAACCUUUUCUCUUGCGGACUCAUCUGAUGCUGCGAAAAAACAACAGAAACCAAUAGGAGUAUCCUUUGGUCUAGACUCUCAGUCCUCAGCUCAAGGGCAACCCAAAGGACAAUUACCCAGUUUCAAUGGUUCAGAUUCAGUAUCUUCAGACAAAACAGAACCAAAGCCAACCUUUUCCUUUGGACCAUCAGGAAGUACAUCUCAGAAAGAUGAUGGAACAAAACCUAAGUUUUUGUUUGGAUCCGCUGGCACUGCCUCAUCUGAGAAGGCAACUGAUAUUCAACCCAAGUUUUCUUUUGGUGCUGGAACUGCUGCAAAUGAUAAGAGCGACAGUGCAAAGCCUACGUUUUCCUUUGGAUCAUCUAAUGGUUCUACAGCCACAGAGAAAAAAGAUAAUGCUAAAGACUCUUUUACUUUCAAUGGUAAUACGGAGCAAGCAGCUGAGCCAGAGCCGAAAACUUCCUUUAGCUCAAGUACGCCAAGUGAUCAGAAAAUUGAAUCUAAGCCUGCGUUCUCAUUUACCACCUCGUCAGAAGUGAAGACCGGAGAGAGCAAACCAGCAUUUUCCUUCAGUGCUCCUGCUAACAAGGAAACCCCUAAACCAGCAUUUUCAUUCAAUGACUCUUCAGAAAAGAAAGAGCAACCCACUACUACCAAAUUUGGUAGUCAAGAUAAUAAACCGUCUUCCCCACCAAAACCAGUGUUUUCAUUUGGAAGUACCAAUGCCCAGAAUAAACCGAACACUGAUUCGCAGAAAAGUUUCUCUUUCGGAAAAGAAAGUGCAGACAACAGCAAUAAGCGCACGUUCGGAUUUGAUGAAACAAGCACUUCUUCCAAGAAUAGUGCUUCAGCAUUUACUUUCAAUGUACCAAGUAACACUACCAAACCUGCCUUCAGUCUUGGUAACGAAAAAGGGGAAAGCUUUUCAGCCCCUGCUUUGAGCUUUAACAAUAAUCCCAAUGCCAACAAUUUCGGAUUUGGAUCCAUUAACAGUAAUGUUGCCAGUGCUGGUAGCUCGAAGGAGCCAACCCCCUCUGUGGUGAAUUUCUCCAGUUCGAAAGGUACUUUUGGAACCAGCACACAGCCUUCAGUUAACAACAAUGCCUUUCAGUUCGGUGCCUCCAUGGCAAACAAUCCUUCUACCAACCGUUCUGAAAACAAUGCGUUCCCACAACCUCAGGCUGGUUUUAAUCCAUCUCGAUCGGCUACUCCCAAUUUCAAUUUCACAGGAACAAGUCAACUCGAUCCGGCAGCUAUUUUUGGAGGUUCUGGAUCCACUCCACCUGUUCCAUUUGGCCAGCCUUCUGUACAAUUGAAUCAACCCCAGCCACAGACUCAGCAUAACACGGGUUUUUCUUUUGGAUUUGGAAACCAAACAGCAGGCACCGUCAGGAACUCCAACACCUUCAACAACACCUGGUGUGAAAGGCAGAGUACUUGCUCGAAUGAGGCAGAGAAGAAGAAAUUAAAGUAUGUAAUAUUAGUUUAUGAUACGUAA